AUGCUCGACGCGGCGCUGCACAACCGCCUGCAGCCUGUCGCCACUUCAUCAGGGCAUGCGCCCCUCGUCGUCCUGAGCGACUCGCUCCUCCAGCCCUCGCUCGCCGCCCUGCGUACCUUUGUCCACUCGGCACUCGUCGCCCCGCCGCAGGGCAGCGUCGUCCUCGUGUGCGCAGAGCAGCAGUCGCACCGCUUGCUGCCGCCCAGGCCCACCUACGACCCGCAGCGGGUGCGCGUCGUCGACGGCUUGCUCGCCGCCCCGUUCGCCUCGAUCUCGACCGCGACCUCGCCCUCGACACUCGCACCGUGCGCGAGCUACGACUCGGUCGACCUGUCGGCCACGUCCGGCACCGCCGACCUUGUCGCCGCAGCAACGGGCGCCAUCGCCGCCGCCGACGACCAUGCUCCGCUCCUCGUCGUGCUCGACUCGGCCAACGCGCUCGCCGACGAGCUCGAGGGCGGCGUCAGCGACGCGCUGAGGGUCGUCAAGGCCUGCUUGGGCGCGCUCAAGGGCAGGAAGGGUGCACGCCUGGUCGUCGUCCACCACGACGACUUUCCGCCCUGCCCCACCUCGUCCUCGUCCGCCUCGCCGUCCGCCCUCGUCCCCUCCCUCCUCGCCUCGCUCCUCGCGCCAACCCUCUCCCCCUCGACCCUGCACCUCUCGCUCCGCCCCUCAUCCCACCUCGAAACCCUCGCGACGCACUACGCGCUCCCGCUCCCCGUCGCCCCACUCUCCUCCUCGUCGUCGCCCACCUCGGGCUCGAGCCCGGACCCGCGCGCCCACGGCAUGCUGCGCGCCCUCGCCGCACGCGCAGUCGGCGACCCGUUUGUGCGCCCACGCGGCGCAGAGGAGGAGGACGAGCGCGUCGAGCUCGGCAGGGCGCGGUGCGUCGUCGAGUGGAGCGCGAGGGGGCUCCAAGGCGGCGAGGCGGGCGCAGGGCCCGAGGCUCGGGCAGGCGCGACAGAGGGCAAGGGCAAGGCGAGUGCGGCGGUGGCGGCCCAGGCGAGGGAGCGCGCGAGGGAGAGGGACAGGGUCGCAAAGGGCGAGGUGCCGCGCGUCGUCAGGUGGGGCAUGUGCGGCGCGGCGCUCGGUGCCGGCGGCGGUGAAGCGGGCGCGACCGUGCGAGAGGUCGGCGUGUGGGAGGUCGUUGAUGCGGCGGCGGGGCGGGCACAGCUCUCUCCCCUCGCCUCUCCCUCGCCUUCCGCCCCAACCGCUCCUUCGACAUCCUCCCCCCACCCCGUCCCAGGACCGCCUCCCGUCCACCCGUCCGCCGCACCCGCCGCGUCCGCCUCGCCCCUCACCUUCUCCCUCUCGGACACGCUCACGCCCGCCCAGCUCGCCGCGCGCGCCGCCGUCCCCAACCCGUUCGCGCACGCCAAUCUGCCCAUCUAUGGCCAGGAGGGCUACGUCGUGCCCGUGCUGCCCGGCGCGCUGCGCGAGGGAGGAGGAGGAGGAGGAGGAACGGCGGGAGGCGGAGGAGGGAUCGAGUACACGCCCGAUAGGGGCGAUGAUUGGGACGAGGAGGACCCGGAUGGGGACCUCGAGCUGUAGCGAAACGAGGACCUGGCUGCAGCGAGAGGUGCGCCUCGGCCUU